AGCGUCGGUUUAAUGACGUCCAAGCCGCCUCUGACCGGGGAAAUUCUGCCGCGCCGCAUGCCGGUAUCAUCUCCAAAAUCCUCUCGUCCCCAUAUCCGAACUGCUUCAUCCUCCCCGCAAAACCUGUUUCUACUACUAACUCCUCCUCCAACUUUUUGACAAGAUCACCACCGAAACCGAAAUAUCUCAGUCGCGUUGGCUUCGAAUACCGAUCCCCAUUCGACUCUGCCACGGCAUGUCGCGCCCGUAGGCCUCGAAUCCGUUCAACAAGGUCAGGCACGUGCUUCUGCGAGCCUCGGGGCCAUGUCCUCUGCCGACGCUGCUCAGAUGGAGCAUGCCUCAAUGGCCGAUGUUGCGCGCAAUAGAAAUAUUCAGAGCCAUGUCUCUUCUCACACAUCCAGCAAGUCGCCAAAAGAGCCUCCUGUGUGUCCUACGGACCAGGAGGCUGUAGCACCAAAGGCACAAAUGAACAGCUUUGAAUAUGUGUGGAAAUCUGGAGUUGCGGGCGGUUUAGCUGGCUGCGCUGGCAAAACUGUCGUUGCGCCAUUGGAUCGAGUAAAGAUCCUCUUCCAGGCCAGCAAUCCACGGUUCGCAAAAUAUACAGGAUCAUGGGUUGGUGUCGCAAGCGCCAUGAAGGACAUCCAUAGAUAUGAAGGCAUCACUGGACUCUACCGUGGACACUCAGCGACUUUACUACGAAUCUUUCCUUACGCCGGUAUCAAAUUCCUCGCAUACGAACAAAUUCGAGCCAUUAUUAUACCCGAUAAACACCAUGAGACACCAAUGAGAAGACUCCUCAGUGGAAGUUUGGCUGGUGUCACCUCCGUCUUUUUCACAUAUCCUUUAGAAGUUAUGAGAGUACGACUUGCCUUCGAGACUAAACGUGACGGCCACUCUUCUUUGUCAUCAAUAUGUCGUCAGAUUUACAACGAGCAACCCGUUCAGAAAACAACCGCGACUCGACUACCUAAUGCGCCUGCAACAGUAACUGCUGCAGCGGAAGCGACAGCAGCGACAGUUGGCGCCAUUGCUCCUCAAACAGGACUUAUCAACUUUUACCGAGGUUUCGCUCCCACCGUUAUGGGCAUGCUUCCAUAUGCGGGCAUGUCUUUCUUAACUCACGAUACUGUUGGUGAUAUCCUCCGAUCGCCUCGUUUUGCGAAGCACACGACAUUACCGAAAAAGGCAAACCACCCUGAAGGAAAGCCAGCCCCCUUACGAUCAUGGGCCGAGCUCACUGCUGGUGGAAUCGCCGGUUUGAUCUCUCAAACGGCGUCAUAUCCUCUUGAAGUCAUUCGACGACGAAUGCAAGUUGGCGGUGCCGUUGGUGACGGCCGUCGAUUGAGGAUAGGAGAGACCGCUGGUAUGAUCUUCCGAGAGAGGGGUAUUCCUGGUUUCUUUGUUGGCCUCACCAUUGGAUACGUCAAGGUGUUCCCAAUGGCGGCGGUCGCAUUCUACACGUAUGAGCGCAUGAAGCUUGUCUUUGGCAUAUAGAUGUAUUUGAGUACUACAGAACCAUUGGAGGUCAGGAUUGAUUUGGCGUUGACGGAGUCAUUGCGCGGAAUGGAAGCGGAAUUGCACACAUCUUUUGGGAUAGGUCUUUGAUGAAGUCGAAUAGGGGCAUACGGCUAGGUGUACAUACAACAAGAAGUACAAUACCUUGUGGCGUUAUGAGCAAGGUUUUCACGUGUGGAAAUAUGUCUAUUCCCAUCCAAUAUCCGUGAACAAAGGCUCUUUUGCUGUUUCAUGGCGGUGCCCUUGCCACACGCUAUAAGAUGAGGCAGCGGCCUCCGUGGUAUCUUUGUGGUGUAAUUCGUUCUGAAUAGCGCCCCUUUUCUCAUACUCUUACUAGAUCUGGGAACCCGACGCCCUGUGAGCGUGGGAUGUCGUCGUAUUACUCAUCGGGCUAGGAGUUCACCAGACCAAACAGCCGGGGCGAGUGAGGGAUCGCAGUUUACGGUUAUGGCUCGCCCGCACGUGCCAGGCUUCCAAGGGUUUUCGAUGUCAUAUUCUGGCUGUGCAGACUCGAGAUGGAUGGGGCGUGAAGGGUAGUCGUGGCGCCAAAGUGCUGGUGUAUAGCUAGAUGCGGACUAGAAAUCAUGGGUGUGCGACGGCUUCUAGAAGUUGGGGUUGGAUCGAUGGCAAGUAUCUGUACUUGUGAGUGAGUUGAGCAUGGGGGUUCUAAGUAAGUUGUCCGUCAAUGAUUAGUGUUUAUGAUCCCUGGAUUUAGAGUAUUUGUGCUCAGACAUUAGAGACUGGGGUCAAAUACGAGAAGAUGCAGGUGAGCUAUCUAUGAAUUGGCAAGUUUAGACUGUAUCGUCAAUCUGACAGACUUUUUCUUCAUACUUGUCCAGCGAAGGAAACACUGUUAUGUGCUCUAUGACGUG